CCCUUGUUACACUGCAACCGGGUUCUAUUCGUGACUGGACGUGUACGUGAGUGUUUUUAUUUUUAUUUUUCAUUCGUCACUCAAAUUUCUAAUCGGAGGAGAAAGCAGCACAGGUUUUCAGUCGGCGUGGUGUCAGCAUCCACCAGGUGAAGCUGCAAAGACACGCGUGCCCCCCCCCCCUGAUCGUCAGGUCUUGAUGCCCACGCGCUACAAAACAUGAGUAGCAGUGGGCCCAAAGAGCCGUCUCCUCCCCGGCCCAGAUCCCCCCAGUUGGCUGCCCAGCCUCUGCAGCGCAGGGGCCGAGGUCGUCCACGCAAGCAGCAGCUGGAGCCUGUCGGACCGCCGACUCCAAAACGACCAAGAGGAAGACCCAAGGGCAGCAAGAACAAAGGCCCCAAAACUGCACUUAAGCUAGCCGAACCGGCUGGAGAGAGACGGCCACGGGGGCGACCGAGGAAAUGGUUGCAGAGGGUUGUUGAACAAGGAAGUGAAGAGCAAAAGGUGCCGUCGGAGGAAGAGGAGCCGGCUCCCUCGCGGUCGGAGCCCUCUUCGUCUCAAGAGGAAGCCCAGUAAAAUGAAGCAUCGUCACUCUACCUCCAGGUUUGGCGUGAAAGUGGAGAAAAAUGUUGGAAUUAUGGCAUUUGGGAGGAAUUGACGACCUUGCUGAGAGUUGGAAAAUCAGAUAUAAUGCCACCUUAAAAGUUUACAUCUCAGUAAGAAAGCAAUUUUUCAUUCAACAGAAGUUACCAUUAAGACUGCACACUCCAUUUUGCAGUGUUUGCCAACCUUUAUUGCGCCAAGGCACAUAAACUACUCUCAAAAGGUGAAGGACACAUGUCCAGCUGUUCAGUGUUUCCUUACUUUUUGCUAAAACGGCAAAAUUCAAACAGGAGUUAAUUUCCAAGAAUGUCCAGUUCUAUGCCUUUCUGUGACUCUUGCAGUCUCUCUGUUGCAACCUGCUGAUGACACUCUAAGCUCAGUGGCGACUUGCCUCUUACAGCAUCCUGGUUGAAAAACAAAUAUCCACAACCUUUUGUUGAGUAGUGUAAUUUAUUCCAGAAUCGCAUGGCACACAAUUUAACAACAACAAAAAAGUCACAAAAGGUAGAAUGUAAACAAAAAUAAUGAUGAUCUCAUCUCAAUUUACUCAAAAAUUGACUGACUGUGCUUUAGUUAAACACAAAGCAACAGGUGGAUGCACAGGUUUAUUAGACGUUCUGCCUUCUAGUUGAACAGCAUUUAUUUGUUCUGCUUGUCUUUGUACGUCACUGGCAUAGCUAGAUGAACAAAAAUAUAUUUGUCGUAAAUUUAAAAAAACAAUUCAAACAAUUAUGUGAAACUGAUGUGCCACGGCGCAGCGGUUGGGAAUCACUGCUCUAUUAAAUGUCACAAUGUAUGCAAGCGGUUUGUCAAGGGUUAAACGAGUGCAGUGUACAAGGAGGAGGUGCUGAAAUGGACCAUUACUGUAUAUUAUUUUUGUCUGAUGUACAGUACAGUUCAGCCUAAAAUUACUCGUAUCCAGGCCAAAAUUCGGAGUUAAAGCACAUGAUUACGUAUUGAAUGGAAGUACCACUUGUCAUAAAACAUUAGACGAGUCCAUCCGGCAUAAUUAAAUGCUUUAAUGCGGACGCUCUCAAAAACAUUGCAAUCAAAAAGUUUCACGUCCAUUUAUUCCAACUCUACACUCCUACCCACUUUUCUAGUUGUUAAAAUAUUGUAUA